AAAUUUGCGUCACCGCAACCAGGAAAUGCAGUAGCUGUUCAAAUUAAACUUUAUGCACAACAAGGCUGCAUUCAAACUGUCAUGAGCAUCUAAUGCACAUGUUUCACAYCGAGUUAGAUGUGACUCAACGCAGAUACUGUAGUUAUUUUAACAUGACAAGCAUUAGAACAUCUUGUUUUAGUAGCCUGAUUUGUCCAAUCCAUAACAUGUUCUGGACACGGUUGUGCCGACUGAGGAUCCAGAAGCCUUUGGGGAGUAGGACAUGUGCCUAUAGGUUCACCUCUGUCAAGCUGUCAGACCCUAUCAAGCCGCAUKUACCACCUAGAACUCUACUAGCUCCCUGGACCACCACAGACUCUGGUCAUCAUAGGACGUGUCACUCAAGCACACACAUCCAACAGCAUGGCUGGACUGUCAGACGAGACGGGGAGCGAGAUGUUUUGUAUGCGGCACGACAUUUUAACACCUGUGUUCAGUCACUAUCAGCUGUCCCUGGUCAGCCCACCUCCACCAGACACUGGAGUUUCAGUAUACAGAGAAGGUUUUAUUCAACAGCUCCUGUUAAAUCAGUGAUGAAACCAGUGACCGUGCUUGGAAGUGGGAAAAAAAUUCCUAAAGGCCCCAGGACCAAACAACCAUCCAGAACCAAUCAGCCGACCCCAAAGGAGGACAAGGAUAUAAUGCAGUGCAUUGCCUAUGCAACAGCAGACCAGUACCAUCUGCCAACACUCUGCCAUGACCUCAUAGCCCACGGCUUCUACGAAGUAGAUUUACCAAGAGAUGCCUCAAAUGCACUCGUAAUAUGCACUGACAAUACCCAAAAACCCAGUGAUAAUGCAACAAUGUUCUUCUUCAGGGAGGGAUCAGUGGUCUUUUGGAAUGUUGAAGAGAAAACAAUGAAGAAAGUGAUGAGGAUCUUGGAGCGGCAUGAGAUUCAUCCCUACGAGGUAGCUCUGGUCCACUGGGAAAAUGAAGAGAUCAACUACACUAUUGGAGAGGGAAACUCAAAGCUACAACGUGGUAACUUCCUGCUGAACAGUGAAAUAGAUCCUGACAAGGCCGUGCUGGAUAAAUUUGCAUUUUCAAAUGCCCUUUCUUUGUCAGUGAAACUGGCCAUAUGGGAGGUGGCUUUGGAUGACUUUGUGGAGUCGAUUCAGUCAAUUCCAGAGAUGCUGAAAUCUGGGAAAAAAAUAAAGCUGUCCAGAGCAGAGGUUAUGCAGAAGAUCGGAGAACUCUUUUCUCUGAGACACUGUAUCAACCUGAGCUCUGACCUACUGAUCACGCCAGACUUCUACUGGGACAGAGAGAACCUGGAGAUGCUCUAUGACAAGACGUGUCAGUUCCUCAACAUUAACCGCCGGGUCAAGGUAGUGAAUGAGAAACUGCAGCACUGCACGGAGCUGACAGACCUAAUGAGGAACCACUUGAGUGAGAAGCACAGCUUGAGGCUGGAGUGGAUGAUCGUCAUCCUCAUCACUAUCGAGGUGUUGUUUGAAGUUGGCAGAAUGAUUUUCUGAAGAGCUUCAUCAGCGACGRUAAAAUACRGAUUUAA